AUGAGAUCUGCAUUUUUAUUUGUUGAAAAAUAUGUUGCAGAGAAAUUUGGUCAAUAUCAAGUAUGUCAAAUUAUCAUGAUAACUGAUGGUAAAUCUCCAGAAGAAAAAGCACCAUUAUCACCAUCUUCAUCACAAACAGAUUCAUACAAAUUUCAAAAUGAAUUAUGGAAACUUCAUAUAAUUUGUUUAUCAGAUAUUGUUCUAAACAGCAACAAAAAAGCAACAUGUUUUACAAUAGAAAUUAAUCAUGUUUUACAAGGAUAUAAGGAAUUGUUGAAUAGGAUAUUGCCAUUGAAAAUCACAAAAAAUCACCCUAAAGGUGAUUACAUACUUGAUAAAGGGGGUGCCUUUUGGUAUUUGCCUUAUCCACAAACUAAUGCUUCUAUUGAGAAUGUUAUAAAUGUUAUGUUGGACAAAUAUUUGGGAUUUAAAUCAAAAAAAGAACUUUUUGGUGAACCAACUAGAUAUCGUUUUGGGUUAUUUUUAGAUCAAGAUAAUAAUAACAAUGAUGACAAUGUAAAUGUUGAAAAAGAAAAGAUGGAGAUAGAGAAUGAUGUUGACAACAACAAGAACCAAAAUGAUUAUUUUCAUCUACUUUGCUUGGAAGAUCAUCACAAAUUGUUAAGCCCUUCUUCUCCUCCUUCAACAAAUCAACACCCAAAAAGUUACCUAACUGAUAAUAUUAAAUUACCACAACCUGAAUAUAUUGAUACUUUAUUUAAUAGGGUUAAAAAAUAUAUUAAUAAUUUACCAAAUGAAGAUGACGACCAACAGCAGAAAGUGGAGGAGGUUGUUACGACAGUAAAAGGAAAACAACCAGCAUAUUUUCCUUCAUUACCAACAUCAACAGCAACAAAAAGUGACAAUAAUAGUAAUGAUAGUGGGCCCAGUUCAGGUUCUCGUGAAGAAUCUUCGUCACAUAGUAGUAGAUCUAAAAUUUCUUUAA